UCAUCGGUCUUCGGCAGCACAUAUCCCACCACCUGGAGCACACCGUACUUCCCUUCCCCUGCCUUCCAGGGGAUCCGGGGCCCUCGCCGUUUCGACGUCGUGACGCCCGCCGAUCUAACCGUGUUCUCUGAUCAUUAUGACUCAAGAUGACACGGUAGUCGCGCGCGUUCUAAAUGCAAGCACGGAACUGCUAUCGCGAACGGGAUAUACCACCGGGCAGUACUGAACGCAGAGAUUAAACGUGCGAUACUUCUGUGGAUGCAGGGAUUUGAAUUGUUUUGAGGGAUUUUUUCAUAUCCAGGAAGGUUUAGAAGAAAGUACAGUUUGUUCGAUCAUUGCAAGAAGAUAUAUGAGCGAUAAUGUCGGGAUUCAAACGAAGCCCCAGCAAAUUCUCCUGGGACAGCGAAUUCCUAGAACUUCGCGAGACAUGCGCCAGUCCGGGCAGCCAAGAUUCCGGCUUCUCAGAUACGGAAAUACACUCGAACUUUCAUAACAGGCGAUCAAGGAAUAGCGAGAGGCUGGUGAAGAGCGACACUAAGGCAAAAAAAACCGCGUCCAGUUGAGGUGAACUUCUACUCGGAGCCUACUGAGAGGCGUAGGUGUGAAGCUAGAUGCGAAAAAGUUAGCAAGAAGUUGUUCAAUGAAGUCAGCAAGGAGUUGGAGGAGCCGAAAGAUCCAGAAAAAGUGAACAAGAAGCUAUUCAACGAUGAAACCAAAGACACCAUGUACUACCUCGAAUUGAACCGAAAAUUCCGCUUUUUCUCCCCGAAACCAACCCGAAGAUUCUUCAAGCGCGAUAACUGCCCUCCAUUCAAUUGCCACACGUUUUGCGGCAAGACAAAAUCGCCCAAAAAGAUCCUGGACGCGGACUUUAAGUCUCUGUCAGUCCCUACCCCUUUACAUACCGAAGAAUGUGCUCAUCAAUAUUCCAGCAACGUUCAAGAAACAUCAAGCGGCAGCACACGCGAUUCGUAUGCUUAUUGUUCCGAUAAUUCCUGCGGAGAAGCACCAUCCAAAGGUGAAGAAACGUCAAGUAGCGGUGCACAAGACUCUUACGGUUCUGACAAUUCCUUCGAAGAAGCGCCUUCCAAAUGUGAGGAAACCUCUGAAGAGAAGAAGAAUGGGGACGGAUCUUCAGAUUCGGAGGUGAUUGGGAGGGUCAGUGAUGGUGAGAGUGAUUUCGACAGUGACGUAGAGAGGGAGUUCGAGAGGAACUUUGAGUGCAAGACGACGCAUACUUCCACGCCCAAGUGGGAGGAUGAUAUGGGGAGGAGCAGGAACAGGAAGGAGAGUCUGCCGUUGAAUCUGUUCCUCAAAUAUCAACACGAAAGGGUGCCUCCGAUUCCUGUGCAACCAUCUGAAGUGUCAAACGAAGCAGUGAAGAUGUGGCUGAACGACGCUCGACAAAGUUUCGAACAAGAAUGCACGACUACCCUUCAGUGCAAGUCGGUGACCGCAGAGCUCAACCAGAAGGUCUAUCAUCUAGCUGCUUGCUGCUCAACUAUAGUUAGAGCCAUGUUAUGUGACGCUAGGAGAAUUGAGAUAGAGUACGAGAAGCUUAACGGAGAAACAGUGCACAUUGAAUCUUUGGUGCAAAGUUUAACCGGCAAUAUUUUGGAAUUCGUGAAGACACACAGAAAUAAGCUCCCAGCAGCGAUAGCACAGUUAGCCGAUAAGAUACGUUUGCACAGGUUUGAAGAUACGCUGAACCUGAUUGCCAGACUAUACUCUGCAUGGGAGGAUAUCAAAAAUGAACUCGUAGAAGAAGAGAUUGGGAAAAUCGUCGCUAGAGUCGAAAGUCCUACAUCUGAACUGGACCUUAGGGCUACUAUCACUGCUGUUACCUCGUUGGCUUUGAGGCACGAAGAACUGAUUGACUUGUUCAUCAAAGCAGACCUUGUUUCAGCUUUACUGAUACUUUGCGAGAAAUGUGAAGGUUCAUCCUUGAGAAGCCUAAUCUUGCGCACCCUGGCGACGAUGUGUUGCAACUCCGCUGCCGUAAGGCAAUUCGAACGCUUCUCUGGUAUUUUCUUGAUCACCGAAACCUUAGAAGAAGACUUCCGACCUGAACCAGAGCGAGCUGAAGCGAUAGCGCUUCUUGUCCAGGUUUCUGCGCCUUGGCUGGAAGACAACCAAUCCAUAAAGGGCCUUAAGGAGUAUUCCUAUCGGUUAGUCAAAGCGUUGACCAGGUUCUCCAAAGACACAAAGUGCUGCCAGAAUUUGCUGUUGAGCACUGCGGCUCUAGCGAACGUAAGUGCAAUGGACCCCGAAGCUGCCAAAUAUAUGAUCAAGUGUCAUACGAUAAUCCAUCUGGUGGAAUGCAUCAAAACCAAAGUAUCUGUGUACCUACUGGAGCAAGUUGCUACGCUUAUCGCUAAUAUUUCGUCUACUGAACUAGCCAGGAAGCAUCUCAUAGGUAAGACAUACCAUGCAGACGGUAAUUUCGAUCAUAAAAAUAUGAAAUGUCUAUGAAACGUAAAGAAACCGGGGAAAAUCGUACUUUAUAACUUUGAACAUAACCUAUCUUUAAAAAGGACAAUACAAAUAACUCGCCUGGUACAGGUAAUAGAUGGGUAGCAUAAGUAAUAUCCCCAAAUAGCAAAUAUUACUGAUUUUAUACAUACAUUCUCCAAACAAUCAUCCAGAUGCGAUCUUGCUACUCAACGAAUUUUCUUUGUCACAUCUUCUCAGAGGUAUACUCUAGACUACCUCGGCAUUCUGCAACCGACAAAGCGUGUUGGGGGAACUGACGCCUUUGGUGACGCUCACAACGAGCAAUAGCAGAAUGCACUAUUUGCACUCUAGGAACUAUCUAGCCAGCAAACUGACAUUUUGUCGUUUUUUUUUUGACAUUAUAUAGGUGUUCUACGUAAUAACCUUGCCGUUUGCCAAAGUUGUGUAACCAGAGAUUUCGGCAAACGACAAGCGCGUGGUUCAGACAUUAAAAGCUCCUACUGACAAGGUAAAAUAAUUCUGUACAACUUUCACACAUUUAUAGAUCUAAGAACCCCAAGUCUGCUGCUCCAAUUUUUGAGGGUGCAGUAUGAGGAAGAGGCUACUAAAAGACUGCAACAGAAAAGUGUGAUAGCCUUGAGCAGGUUAAGCGGAACGAAAGAUGGUGCUGAGCAGGUGGUGGAUUGUGGAGGAGUGGAUAAACUAGUCAGACUGUGCAGGGAGAGGAAAGAGCGGUUCGACAGCGAUGCUGUUUUGGUGGCAGCAUUGGCAACACUUAGGAAAAUAGCAGACCACUGCGGGAUUGAAGUGCUGAACGCGCAAGACGCUCAAGAGCUCGUGCAACCAAAGCUACUAGACUCGUUCUUGACAUAUUCUGCUCAGAACGAAAGUUAUGUAUAGAUAAGAGGACUUUUAUAUCGUUGUUAUUGUUUAUAUAGAAAUAAAGUUUAUUUCCAUUUGUUUUA